UUUUGUUGUUUUGUUUUUAAUUUCUUUCCCCUCCCCUUGUUAUUCAAUUCCUGAUUUUUUUUUUUUUUGCUUUAGUUUAAUUACUAUCGAUUUGUGAAUAGCAACAACUUUUUAUUUAUAUCUAGUCGACUUUUUAAAGGGCCGCACUUCGACCGUCGUGUCACACACACACACAUCUAUAUAAAAUAUAUAAUAUAAAUACACACAUACAUACAUACAUACACGCAAGCACACGAACACAUCCAUCUCAAAGAUCAAACCUUAAAUCGACUCUGUUGAAAUCCUCCAUCGACUCUCGGACGACUUUAAAAUCAAAAUUCCUUAAUUCUUUAUUUCAUUAACUACGUAGUGUGAAUUCGAAAUGGCAAAUACUAUCAGUGAGGUUGAUGUGAUGGUAGGCAGCCGUCUAAUCGUUGAUCCAGAAGUCUAUGAAUAUUGGUUAAACGGUAACACAGCACAUGAAGCGGCCAUCAAUCUACAACAGAACGGAGUGCUUGUAAAGUACCAAGCAACAUUUGAUGAUCUUCUUAGCGACACCAGAGACUAUUACCGUACUUUUGCAAGUCUCGAACGAUUACUGAAAAACCCUCCCAAACUCGCUGAUCAACAAACCUAUCUUAUUGAUCCUGAUACUCAGAGUAUGCUGAUUGAAAAAUACUAUCAGUUCGAUCCUCGUGUUGUAAGGGAAAUUCUUGGCAAGAAGCUCUCAGCUCGCAAUCGCAAAGAUUUGGAUGAUGUAAGUGAGAAGACCAAAGUUUUAUUACGAAGUUGUCGGCGUCAGUUUGAUAACAUUAAGCGUGUUUUUAAGACUGUGGAAGAAAUGAUGGGUACCCUCGUUGAUAACAUCUGUACCUAUUACCUACUACCUAAAGAACUUGCUCGACAGUACGCUGCAAUAGUCUUCAUCACAAACAAUAGGUUUGAAACUGGUAAGAAAAAACUCGCAUUUCUCACAUUUGAAGAUUAUGUUCAUUGUGCAAACCAAAUGAUUGCUAAAUGGUCUUAUAGUUCUGUGGAAUGCACAGGCCAUGAAGACAUGGAUGUCGAUCUGGACAGGGAUUUUUUGCAGAAGUUACGAGAUCUAAAAAUUCUUACAGAAAAGGAACACCUCGAUGAACAUAAAAGUAUUGUCUUAGAUAAAGUGCUGAAGAUAAUGUCCGACAGAGCUUUUCAAGAUCUGGAAGCGAAUUUCAAGAAUGUUUCAAAAACAAUCAUCAACAUUGCUUAUGGUUUGAACCAUAGCAAAGACGCACGUGACAUUUUUGUUGACUUGGUUGAGAAAAUGAUAGAACCAUGUUUUCAGUCUCGAUGGACACAAGCAGACAUGCAAUAUUUCUUGACAGCUUACCGAGAGAGCUGCAAAGAGAUGCAGCUCUUUAUCCGCACUGAUCCAAACUUACUUGUUGUGUGGGAGCGAUACAUCAGCACACUUUCUAGUUGCGUUUUACAGAUUUAUCACACAUGACUUGGGCUGUGAGCAUGUGUUUUACCAGGGGACAUUUAUGUGGUGCAUUUGACAUGCUGAAACAAAGGGCUGACAGCUUGGCCAAACAGGGAUCAUUAUCGACUCAGUCAUUUUGUUGUAGAUGUAAGUUUUUUGCGGGGGAUUGGAGUUGUUUUUUGUUUUUUUGCUUUUUUUUUAUAUAUUCUAUAUCAAUCCAGAUUGUGCAAAAACUUAAAAAUUCCAUCCAACCAUCAAACCUUUCACAACCAAAUUAACCAACAGCUGAUACUUAGUUAGAAUAUAGAGAAUAUAAUAUCUAAAUAUCUGAUGUGAAUUUUUAGUUUAGGUCUCAUACAUUCUCACUUCUUUUUCCUACAUUUCUUUAUAGGAUAAUUGUAAAAGUAAGUGAAAAGACUUUUAUUGAUCCCCAAUACUAUUGGCACAAUGGGUUUUUUUUUCUUUUUUUUUUUUUGUUUAUUCUUUUUCUUUUCUUUGGUGGUAGGUGGUAUAGGUGAUUAAAUUGAUCACUAUGUUUGACUGGUACUUUUUUUUUAUUUUUUGACCCUGGAAGGAUAAAAGAUAAAACAAAGUUGAUCUCAGAGGGAUAUAGAUUCGAAGUGCGAAAAAGGCUUUAAUGACCCUUUAGUAUUCAGAUAACUCUUAUCAAACGUAAUGCUUAUAUAUAUUUACAUUAUUUUGAAUUACUCAUGCAUUGUCUCGUAGUUUUGAGAUUUCAAUGAUGCUACUCUUUACUUUAGGAAUAACAU